UCUUGUCUCUCCUUCUCCAGCUAUUAUAGUCUCUCUCUCAGCCUAUAUAUAUUAACAUUAUCAUAACGCAGCAAGCUAGGUAUAUUUCAUAGCGCAGCAGAGACAAAAAUUGAACAUGGGGAGAGCACCUUGCUGUGAUAAAGCUAACGUGAAGAAAGGUCCAUGGUCGCCUGAGGAAGACGCCAAACUCAAAGCUUAUAUUGAAGAGCAUGGCACCGGUGGCAACUGGAUUGCUUUGCCACAGAAGAUAGGAUUGAAAAGAUGUGGCAAGAGCUGUAGGCUCAGGUGGUUAAAUUAUCUCCGGCCUAACAUUAAGCAUGGAGGGUUCUCAGAAGAGGAAGAUAAUAUUAUUUGUGGACUCUAUUUAAGUAUAGGGAGCAGGUGGUCUAUAAUUGCUGCUCAACUACCGGGAAGGACAGAUAAUGAUAUCAAAAACUACUGGAACACAAGGCUGAAGAAGAAGCUGUUAGGCAAGCAGCGCAAAGAGCAACAGGCGCGGCGAGCCAGCGGUGUGAAGCAAGAGAUGAGUAGGGAAAGCGAGAGUUUAAUGGCUGCGGGGUUCAUGAAUCACACCCCGUACUGGCCGACUGAACGGCCGGUACUGAUGCCACUGGUGAACCCACACCAAUUAGACCCUCAUUUCAAGGACCAAGCGUCCCUCAGGAACCUUAUGGUGAAGCUUGGAGGAAGGUUUUCUGACGAUCAUCAGCACUCAAACACAACCACCAUAACCACAAAUAGUGUUUCGUAUCUUUUCGAUCAUGCUACUUUUUCCCAAGAUCAACUGUUUGACCUAGCUUCACCAACGUCCGUGAAUAGUACGACUGCUUCUCAAGUGCCAAACUCUCAUUACAUUAACGCUACUGGGGCUGCUCCAAAUUUGUAUCAAGGGUUUCAGAGCUUUCCUUUAGAGCCAAUUGAUAAUCAUCAAAUGGCCUACAGCAACCAGACACAAUUAGGUGGAUUGGAGAGCAUCUAUGAGAUGGAUAUGGUAAAUGGUAGCACUGGGACUAGUUCUGUAGAAAGCACGAGUUGGGAAGAUAUCAACUCUUUUGUUUAUCCUAGAAUGGUUUCAGACUAUAAAACUUGUACUCAACAAAGCUUGCCACAGAAUUCGAGGUACUUCGGCCAACAAUAACAACACAGUGUGGGUGGGCGUGGUGUAAAUCUGUAUCUCAGUAGGAAAUUUGGAGGCGGAAUAUUAGAAAAUCUAUCGAAUUUAUUAAGAGAUUUGUUUGUUAUUUUCUCUUCUCACAGUCUGAUUGGUGUUGAAGAAGUUAAAUCAAACUUAAAUUGAAGUUCUUGA